UUGUUCAACUUCUCAUCAGUGAAGUGAAGACCUCCCAAACAAACAGCAUCAACAUGAACUCUGCUAUCGUGCUAUGUGUGGUGGCGCUGGCUGGCAUGGUGCUCGCGCGCCCUGAUGGUGACGGCGACAAGUACACCUCCAGGUGGGACAACAUAGACCUGGACGAGAUCCUCGGCAAUGACCGUCUGUUGGUGCCUUACAUCAAGUGCGCGCUCGACGAGGGCAAGUGCGCGCCUGACGCUAAGGAGCUCAAGGAACAUAUCCUGGAAGCUCUGGAGACUGGAUGCGACAAGUGUACUGACAAGCAGAAGGAGGGAACCCGCCGCGUCAUCGCUCACCUGAUCAAAUAUAAGCUGGAAGAGUGGGAGAAGCUGAGGGCCAAGUACGACUCCGAGGGCAAGUACGCAAAGAAGUAUGAGAAAGAACUCGAAGAACUGAAAAACGCGUAGUGCAAUUAUAACAAGCUCAUUCAAAAUUCUCAUGUAAAAUAUUUGUUUGCAAUAAAGUUUGUUAUUUUUCUUUAUA